AUGUAUGCUUCUACUUCCUUCACUUCAUCACUCCUCCAUGAGCUUCUUGCAGAAUCUCACACCAGAAGGUUACUCUUCCAAGGCCCUAUUGAUCAUCAUCCACUAAACAACCACAAUUCAACCGACUCGUAUUUUGGAGUUCGUGAAUUUGAUUCUAAUGUUGUGAUGAUACUUGCAGUGUUAUUGUGUGCUUUUAUUUGUUCACUUGCAUUAAACUCCAUCAUAAGAUGUGCCUUAAGAUUUUCCAACGAAGCCAUCAACAACAACCAAGCUUCACAACAGUUGGCUAAUAAAGGAAUCAAGAAGAAAGCUCUCAAAAAGCUCCCCACAUUGAACUAUUCAACUGAGUUGAAACUACCAGGUUUGGAUACUGAGUGUGUCAUAUGUCUCUCUGAGUUCGCAAAUAGUGAAAAGGUAAGGAUUUUGCCUAAAUGUAACCAUGGUUUUCAUGUUUGUUGCAUUGACAAAUGGCUAAAGAAACACUCAUCAUGUCCCAAGUGUAGACAAUGUCUUCUUCAAACAUAUCGAAAGGUUGGUGAGUCACAGGUGCAACCAAUUGUGUUGCCAUUACCAGAAAUCACUAUAAGGAUCCAACCACUAGAGCAUGAAGCGGUUGAACGUAGCUAUAGGGAGGAAAGAAGAUAA